UAUAAUAUGAAGUCAUCUUUGUUAAAAAACAAAACGUCUGAUCUAGAGAAAAUAAUAGUAGAGUUGAAUCGUGGCCGGGAAUUUACGUGUCGGCUAAGAGAGAUAAUAAAGAAGCAUGUAGAUCAUGUAGAUGAUGAAGAUGCAUAUACGUUGGUUGGAAAAAUAAUGAGUUCAUUUUGUGCGACUCUAUCGAUAUUAAGCUCUAAUGAAGACUCAUCAAGUAGUAGUUGCAAGAUUUCAUUGUUGAAAGAUCGAAGAGGACGAUACAAGAGAAGGAGAACUUUAGAGACAAGCGUAAAAGAAACUUCAACUUUGGUGUAUGAUGGCCAUGCUUGGAGAAAAUAUGGUCAAAAAAAGAUCCUUAAUGACAAAUAUCCAAGGAAUUAUUUUAGGUGCACUCAUAAAUUUGAUCAAGGUUGUCAAGCAAACAAACAGGUGCAAAGAAUUCAAGAAAAUCCACCACUAUUUAGGAUCACUUAUUAUGGUCAUCACACUUGCAAAACUUGUCCUAAAGUUUCUCAAAUGAUAUGUGAUUCUCCAAAUGAUCAUGAAGAUUCUAAUUCAGUCUUACUUAACUUUAAUUCUACCAAUAAUAAUUAUAAAAAUCAUCACCAUUUUUUGGGUAUGAUGGUGGAAACUGUUGAUUUGUCUUUUGAAUUUUAAACAUACAUAUUGGGCUUUAAUUUUUUUGGAGGGGAGUCUUAUUGGAUCAACGGUAUAAAAGUUGUCUCAAAUAAUUUAUAAGUGAUAGAUUCGAAUAGUGAAAGCAGCUAUUGUUACUGUAGUAGAAUAAGUUGUUGACAUUACAUUCCUUGAAGUACAAUCCUUUUUCAUGACGUACCUUGUGUAAACUUUAAUAUGUAUUUUUUCGUGUAGAUUGUUGAUUGUGGGGGUGGGGUGGGGUGGGUUAAUGGAAUUUGUGUAAAUAUUUUGUAUAAUGUUAUGUACUUUGGAAUGAGAAUAAUUUUGGCUACAUUUAUAUAUAAUUCCUUUUCCUUUCGA